UGAAUGAUCCUCUUACUUCCUCUGUUUGGUGGUAGCUGCAACCUACGACCAUGUCCGCUAACUCUAUUUCCUCUUGCUCCUCUCUCCGAUUCCUCACAACUCGAACAAUCCCCAAAACCCCAUUUCUCAAAACCCCAUCUUUCAUCCAAAUACCCAGAAAAAACAACGACCACACCUUCUUCUCAUUCAGACCCAUAACCUUCCAGAAGCUUCCAACAACACCAUCAUCAUCAUCAUCAACAACACCGUCACCAUCAACUACCGAAGAAAAUUCCCUUCAACCCAUUGAAGAGCUUCCCCCAAAGCUUCAAGAAAUUGUGAAGCUCUUCCAAUCCGUUGAGGAACCAAAAGCCAAGUACGAGCAGCUACUCUUCUAUGGCAAGAGCCUCAAACCCCUCGAACAGCAAUUCAAAACCAACGACAACAAGGUCCAAGGUUGUGUCUCCCAGGUUUGGGUCCGAGCCUACCUCGACCCUCAACAAAACAACAACGUUGUUGUCUACGAAGCUGACUCUGACUCGCUCCUCACAAAGGGUCUCGCCGCUUUGCUUGUAACCGGGUUCUCGGGUCGACCCGUUAGCGAGAUUGUUCGAGUCAAACCCGAUUUUGUUCACCUUCUUGGGUUACAGCAGAGUUUGACACCUUCGAGGAAUAAUGGGUUCUUGAAUAUGCUCAAGUUGAUGCAGAAGAAAGCACUGAUGCUCUUUGUUGAAGCUGAAAAGGGUGCUUCUGAAUUGGGUUCAAGUUCAAGUUCGAGUUUGGAAGUUAAAGAUGGUAACUUUGUUGAGAAUUCAAAGGGUUCUGGGGCUGGUGGUGAAUCAGUGUCACAAAGUUCAGGUGAAAAAGGUGCUGAAUUCACCUCAAGUUCUGAGGUCAAAGGUGGAAGCUUUGUUGAGAAUUCAAGUGGUGGUGAAUUGAGUGGUAGGGGGAGGAGGAUAAAGGAGAAGCUUGAGAAGGAGCUUGAUCCUGUUGAAUUGGAAGUUGAAGAUGUUUCAUAUCAGCAUGCUGGGCAUGCUGGUGUUAGAGGGAGUGGUGAUGGAGAAACACAUUUCAAUCUUAGGGUUGUGUCUAAGGAGUUUGAAGGGAAGAGUUUGGUUAAGAGGCACAGGCUUAUCUAUAAGCUCUUGGAUGAUGAGUUGCAGUCUGGGCUUCAUGCAUUGUCCAUUGUAGCAAAGACACCUUCUGAAGUCAAUGAAGGAUAAGAGAAUAAGAAUGUUGAGAACCACAAAGAAAGAAGGUAAAUAUCGUGGUGCAAAGAUCACCGGAAUGGCCUUGGAGGCUUCUCUAACACGGCAGAAAAGAACAUCUCCCGAUCAUCCUUGUCCAGCUUUGGAACAACCACC